AUUCAUUUUUCUUGGAUAUGCAUCAUAUAUUGGAUUAAGUCAAUCUCUAACAACAUAUAAAUUUUCUAAUGAACGUGAUGUGAUUUAUACUAUAUCUGGAAUGGAAGUUAAUUCGUUUUUAGAUCUUUUUAGUGCUGUAGUUGCAGCAUAUAAUUGGGAUUCAAUUUCAUUAGAUACUUGGGGUUUUUGGCCUCUCGUCAUAAUUGAUGGAAAACGUGCCGUACUCUAUCAUCAAAGAUAUUUGAUUUCUUAUUAUGCAUUUCUUGAACUUUCUGCUUUUACCUUAGGACACAGUGAUUAUGAUUCCAGGCUUAAG